AUGAGGAAGGACGAGAAGGACAGCCAGUUUUCUAGGUUCUUUGAGAUCUUUAAGAAGCUUCAAAUCAACAUACUUUUUGCUGAAGCAUUAGAGCAAAUGCCACUCUAUGCCAAGUUUCUAAAGGAGCUCAUGACAAGGAAAAGAAACUGGGGAGAAAAGAAAAUUGUGGUGCUCACUGAGGAAUGUAAUGCCAUCAUAAAAAAGAAACUUCCCCAAAAGAUGAAAGAUCCUAAGAGCUUCCAAAUUCCCUGUAUCAUAGGGGAUAUAAGCAUUGAGAAGCCAUUAUGUGAUUUAGGAGCUAGCAUCAACCUUAUGUCCCUGGCCAUGAUGAAAAGAAUAAGGAUUGAAGAGGCCAAACCUACAAGAAUGGCUCUUCAAUUAGCUGAUAGGACGUUCAAAUUCUCCCAUGGUGUGGUGGAAGAUUUGUUGGUGAAAGUGGAAGAGUUUAUCUUCCUAGUUGAUUUUGUAGUACUUGAUAUGGAGGAAGAGGCUAACACAUUAAUCAUCUUGGGAAGACCAUUCUUAGCAACUUCUGGAGCUAUAAUUGAUGUACAAAAGGAAGAGUUAGUCUUGAGGUUGUAUAAAGAGAAGAUGGUGUUCAAUGUCUUCAAAGCAAUGAGCUACCCAAAAGAGUCCAUUGUUGAAUGCAUGAUAAUGGACACAAUGGAGACAUUAGUCGAAGGAGUCCUAGAAGAAGAAUAA